AUGAAUCAUGGGUCAGAUUUUUUUUUUUUUUUUUUUUUUUUUUUAUUGCCCCAAUUUGAUUCAGUUCUCCUUCAUCUAUUAAGUUUUGGUAUUCAAAAACAAAGUUUUAAAGUAUUAAAAGGAAAUUUGAAAGAAAAAACAAUGAUGAUAUUUGAUUCUUUUUUAGGAGGAAAAAACAAACAAACUCUAAGUGGUCCAGUUAAAACAACGUUUUUGGCACCAACCACAACAAGCUCACCAACAGUGGGAAUUGUAAAUGGUACAGUUGGAUUUAGACCUUAA